AUGCUCUUUUCAAUUCCGCUGCUCCUGCUGCCAAUCCUGGCGGCAAAUGCACACAACGGUGUCGAGCUCACCGGCUCUCCCGAGGUGGUGAUCAAAGAGGCGACCGCCUAUCCCUUCAUUGUGGCAAUCACCCAGCAGAAUGAGAGCCAGCCAUGGCAGCAAGACUAUAAGUGCGAUGGGUCGAUCGUCGACAAGGAUUGGGUGGUGGUGCCGGCGACUUGUGUGCCAGAUAGCGUCGACAUCAGCACUUUGGUGGUCACUGCCGGAACCUCCGAAAUUCGCACCACUUCUGAACUUAAGCAAGUCCGAGCAGUCGUCAAGAAGCGCACCCAUGUUGUGGCGUUCGCCUUGCUACGGCUGAAAGAACCGAUCGAUUUUGGGAAUAGUGCCCAGCCAGUGGUCGUGCCGAAAAACUCGGAAAAGCUGAAGAACCCCUCGACCCGAAUGAAGCUGCUCGGACGUAGCCAAGGUGGAAACGAGCUACUCUACAUGACAGAGUUCACCCAGCAGGCAGCUCUCGAUUCCUGCGACAAGGCAGCUUAUGGGCACAUUUAUUAUCAACCUUGCGGCGUGCCCACAAACUUCUCCGGCCGUACUUGUCCGGGCGGCGGCCCUCUAAUGUUUCCAUUGCUCGAUGGGCGCAACCAGAUUGUAUGGGUCCAGAUUGGGAUGAUCGGCAGCAGGGUACAGUGUGACGUCGCCAAAGGAGCGUCACUGCUAAACCUGACUGAUGCCUGCGAGUGGAUGGAGCAGAUCGUCGAACAUCCUGUAUGCCGUGAUGUCGUUCUGGUGUCAAGCUACGGCGUAAAUGCCGAAAUUCCGGCCGAGCAGCUCGUCAACGACAUCAAGGACUACCCCUAUAUGGUGGCAAUUAUGGAGAAGAAGGAGGGAGAACCAUGGCAACAAAUUCACAACUGUAGUGGCACGAUCAUCGACAAGAAUUGGGUGUUGACUUCACUUGAAUGCGUCGCAAAAGUUGACCUCACCAAGUUGGUGGUCAUCGCCGGCGUUGCUGAGCUGAGAACAGCUUCACUUCUCAAGCAAACGCGUGAGGUGACCGAGAAGCGCAGCCCUCCCAAGAUCCCGAGUAUUGGCGGAUGGAGCACGAGAACUCCCGAGAUUGCGCUGCUUCGGCUGAAAGAGCCGCUCAGCUUCGGGGACAGCGUGCAGCCAGUGUUCCUCGCCAAGGACGCACACAAAUUCGAGCAGGACAAAAAGCGCCUGACUGCGUUGGGCUGGGGCCAGCCUGGGAGCGAUCCAAAGGAGCGCCUACGAGCCAUUUUUGUGAAUGGGGAAUCGGGAUGCGAAAGCCUUACUGAAUUGUCGCCCGGUUACUUCUGCGCCGUGCCGACCAGUUUUCCCGGGAUAUGUCAGGGCGAUGUCGGAGGCCCGUUGAUGCAUCCAUGGGAGGCAAUCGAUAUCCGCGCGCACCACCUCAAACUAAGCUUCUGGCUCGACGACUCGCUUACCGAUUUGGAGGUCCACAAGCCGACCGGAAAAUAUCGCCGGGAGCUGCCAAAACCCGCUCCGCCAUGUGACGUGCUGUUAGCCUGGCUAAACAAUAAUACCCACGAGUUUUACGCGUUUUGCUGGGAGAUUCCACUCGAAUUCCUUCGCCUGAAGAUCCCGAAGAUGCGCGAACCCAUGCAGGUGAAGGUCCUCGCCGGUGCCACCGAAAUCAAGACGAAAUCAUCCGUUCGACAAGAAGUCAACGUCGACCACUUUGUCUUCCAUAAACAAUAUAGCCACGUUCCGAUCAGCCCGGAGCAGCCGUUUCGCAAGGCCGAUAUUGCGCUCUUGAGGGGUCCGCUCUCCCCUCCCUACCGUAUCCCGCUCGAUGCCAUCGUUGUGGACGAGUCUACUGAAGACCUCCUCCUCUGCGUGCAUCGUGUCAACGGCGAUGGCACAGUCGGUCGGCUGGCUGCCUACUCGAAGUGGAAGUCCGACGAGGCGGUGAACAUUGGAGAGACCAAGCUGAAGAAGGGCCUCUACGUGAUCAUCGCGCACUCGCUCGGACUGGUCGGUGUCGUCGGAAAGAAGCGCCGAGCCGCGCUUGUUGUGCAUUGUGAGCGCCAAUUCACCGCCCGGCUCAUCCCCUGCGCGCCGUUGAUGUACACCGACUCGUUGAUCGAGCUGGUAGCCCGCAAGGGGCGGCAGUACGCGUGCAAUGUGCGGGCGAAGACGGAGGAGGGCGAGGAGAAGUCCCAGGGCUUCCUCUUCCAACUCGAGCACGACAAGUUUGCCGGCACGAUGGUCAUGUUGGAGAACCUGGACCCGGAUUGUCACUUGCAGUUCAUGGUCGACCCGGGGGAGGAGCCGAAGAAGUGGGCCGAGAUGGCGACCGAAGACGAGGACAACGAGCUGCUGUGGUUCUUCGACAACACGGCCAGCGAGGCGCAGUGGAUCAAGUAUCGCACCAAAGUGACGGCUCUCGCGACAGACCUCGAGAACAUCGACAAACUCCUCGAGACCUACGGCGAAUACCUGACCGCUUUUGGGAUGGACCGUGAGAUCCGCGAGCGUCGCGAAGUCGGCUCGGAGCUUGGCCUCUCUGGCAACGACCUCUUCUUCCGCGCCGCCGCCCUCACCUACUGCGACAAGUUCAGUGACGUGCAGGCUAGCCCGAACGGCCCACGCCUAGCGCACUACGCCGCGGUCAACGGCGCCAUCAUGCCAUCGGCCGUCUUUCAGAAGACGUACAAGUGUUCCCUGGGCCUCAGCAUGUUCCAGUACAACGUCGACGAUACCUGCAGUCCGUUCCAU